AUGUCUGUCCAAGAAGUCUCCUCCUCAUAUUCCUCUCCCUCUGGGGACUCCCUCCAGUCCAACCAGGUAUCACAGCUGGAGCGGCACGGAUACCUCUUUGGGAAGAAGUUGACAGCGUCCCUGUCGCCUUUUCUUCACAAUGUUAUUUAUCAAGAUCUCGGUCUGAAAUGGGGUCAAGUACGUCUUGACUCGGCGGAUAUCGAUGGGUUUUUGAAGUUGGCGCAACAUCCCGACUUUUACGGCGCUUCGGUGACUAUGCCCAACAAAGUCGCCAUUAUCCCAUAUCUGGAUGAACUCACAGAAGAAUGCCGCGACGUCGGCGCCUGUAACACACUGUAUCUGCGCGAAAGGGACGGCCGCCGUAUCUUCUGCGGCGCAAACACAGACGUCAUUGGCAUCCGCGACUCAUUCUACCAAAACAUCAGCAACCCCGACGCAGUCUUCCACAACAAGCCCGCCCUGGUAGUCGGCGGUGGCGGCGCAGCCCGUAGCGCCAUCUACGCCCUGCGCAAGAAGAUGCAGGCCCGCACAAUCUACCUCGUGAACCGCGACGACGCAGAAGUCACCGCUGUGAUCGCCGACUGCGCAGCGCGCGGCUACGGCGACGGUCUGUUGCACGUAAAGACCGUCUCCGAAGCCUCAGAGCUCGAAGCCCCCGGCGCCAUCGUCGCAUGCGUGCCGGACUUUGAGCCCGUUACAGCAGACGAGGUGCGCGCGCGUGCUGUGACAGAGGCGUUUCUGGACAAGGCGCAGAAGGGAGCUAUCCUGGAGAUGUGCUACAACCCCACGCCGUUUACGAAGCUGGGUGCCAUCGCGGAGGAGAAGGGGUGGAAGGUUAUCCUCGGCACGGAGGCGUUGAUAUAUCAGGGGCUUGAGCAGGAUAAGUACUGGACGGGCAAGGGAUUGGAAGAGUUGCCGGUUGAGAAGGUGCAUGUUGCUAUCGCGGAGAAGGUUGCGCAGAGGGCGGAGAGUAAGCUGUGA